AUGGAUUUUUGGUCACGACUCCUUAGCCACACGCCCCUGUCGGCUGGCCCGUCGAGAAAGGACGUCGUCAAAGACCCCCUACGACGACGGCAUCGAUUCGAGAAAGAAUACGGGCAACUCUUGCAAACGUGGCGCAACUCAUCCAACCUUGUACAUGAUAUUGGUGCUGCGGACACCAUUGAGCUGCGCAUUCAGGAACUGACCGACAUCCUCAUCGACGAGUCCCGCCGGCCGCUUCCACACACCUGUCUAGGCUUUGCCUCGGAAAAGCAGAUAUAUGUUCCUAUCGGCAAGAUUGCUGCUACAUCUUACAACCUGAAUAUCAUCAAAGAGGCCGUAUAUUUCUUCGGCACGUUGAUCGAGAGCGAGGACGAUGCUUUUGUUGAAUCAGAGACUUUCGCAUCCAACCUCACCAACUUAUUCGUCCGUAUCACUGGCGCAAACAGCAUCCGCCUGGACGUCGAGACUGAGACCAAGGUCGUGGAGCUUGCAUUCAACAUCACAACAAAGUUCAGACUUCGUCCGGAGAUUCUUCCUGCAUGGUUCAAGGCCCAACAAUUAUUAGACGACCAUGAUGGCGACAGAGAAAAGGGGUCUGGGGACCACGAACGUUUCAAGGGGAAAACGCAGCGGAAGGACUUCCCCCUGUUCUAUGUCCUGAUGGACUACAUCCACUCCGAGGGCAAGAUUGGUGACUUUGCUCGUACAGGUCUGCUCUAUAUCAUCGAGUCUGCAUCGGCCGUGUCUUCUGCUCUUCUUGAACAGUGGAUUGUCGAGAGCGAUCUUAGCACACUUAUGGCUACUGGGCUCGGUGCCCUUUACAGCCAGCUAAGCCGCAAACUCGUUAUUGACCACCCGGUCAACAACCUCCCUCCGGUUCUUGCGCUGUCGGAUUACGAACAUCCGCGGCCUGCAUUUGAGGCUGUCAGUUCUUGCUCUCCAGAAUUCCAGGUCCAACUGGACACGUUUCUGUCACAUCUGCUCUUCUGGCAGGAUGUCCUAAACCAUUGCCGCUCUGUCGAAGUGAGAUCUACGCUGCUUGAGCACUUUCAGGUCAUUUUCCUUCAACAACUCCUAUAUCCUUCUCUUCUCGAAUCCUCUGACAUUGACGGCGGGUCGUCUGUGGCUGUCCUGACGUAUUUGCGCCGAAUAAUAGAGUCUCUCGAUCACCCUGACAUGAUCAAUCUGAUUCUUCAUUACCUCCUAGCCCUUCCAGAUCCGACCACUACGGAGCCAGCAAUGGUGAAAAGCGCCGUCAGUGCUGCCCGCAAACGCAAGUCCAUGGAUCUAGCUACAAUGAUGGCAGAAAGGGUCGAAAUUGCCGCUACACCGAUCCUGUUCAACUUGGUGGACCUGAUUCUGGCCUGCCUGAAGUCACACAACCAGCAAACCAUAUGUGUCACGCUCCAACUCGUUUCGACCAUUCUUCGCCGCCACCAUCGCUACGCUGUAAUGACACUAAUCCGUACCGUGCCCAUCUCGGGAGCCGGUUCGCGCCGCACGAUUGGCGCUCAUCAACAGGACGUUGAGUUCUUUAUGUCCAUCGCAGGCAUUGUCGGGGGUCAAGACGAUUUUAACGAGGUGUACGACAGCAUCCUUAGAGAUAUGCUUGUGCGGCUUGAAGGACACUCGUGUUCCCUUAAGAUCAUCGCCCCGAGGGUGUCGACAAACAAUCAUGCUCUCCCAUCCAUCCCUGACAGCCUACCUGGUGCGCCCCGCGAUGUUUGUGCUCAUACAAUCCGCCCAAGCGAUCCACUUCUGGCAGCUAUGGUUGAUCGUUUACGUACUUUUUUUGUUAACUCUGUUGAUGCAAACCUUUUUGCAACAGAGGCCAUUCUCGACUUGUGUACAUGCGGAUUUGUCUCGCUAGAGGGCUGGAUGAUUCGGCAUCCCGAUGGCUAUGUCUAUGAUGAAGUUGUUCGCCCUCCGUUAGAUGCCAAGAGAGUUGUCAAGGGCGGGGAUGGGGCCGUAACCGAGGCUCAUCGGGCGACCUAUUUGAUGGACAAUUGUCGACGGCGACCAAAGUGGAAUAAUCUUCCACGGCUGUUGACAGUGCUACAGACACUAGCCAACCAGGUGUCAGCGUAUCGCCUGUCAAUACCUCGCUUCGACGACUUGUUGCAACAACGUCGUGAAGCCUUUCAGACGGCAGACUCCAGUAUACCAAUGCCUCUUCUCCGGAACAAAGGCACCUUUGGCAACGGAUCCAAUAGCUUGGGCCCAAAUACUCCGGUUGUGGAUGAUACGAGAAGCGAUUUUUCCACACGACCCUCUGUAUUCGAAAGCUUUGCACAACGGUUGUUAUCAGAGCUUGGUACUCCAAGCCGGUCAAGCAGCCCUCGGGGGCGAAGUGAUACUAGUCGCGGUGCCUUCUCUCCAGUCACAGGUGCACAUAUCGAAGACGGCAAUGGUGGUGGAGGCAUAACAUCUGUGAGCAAUUCCCACCCCGGUCCCAUGCAAGGUGGUUACGGUAUAUCUACGCCCAUAUCCACCAAGCCUACACCGGUGGCACCGAAAGAGUUUCCACUGAUUCCGGGAAUUAAGAUGCUGUCCAAGGACUGGGCUGGCGAAGCACGCUCGGUCUCGCCAGGUAGCUAUGGCGCUGACACAAACUCUUGGGGCGGGCAGGGUAGGCAAGACACCUUAGUCGCGAGCCAGAUGGCUGCCUUCCAAGCUGUGGAUUCCAAAAUCCUAGAACGCCGAGUCGGGAUUCCAGAGUCACAAGGUGACUCUUCACCAAUUCCACUUCGCUUCAAUAAAUGGGCUCCGCCACCCGAUGUGGCCGCUGACCAGGGGUGCCUGCAGCAUGAAAAACCACAGGGAGUUAAACAUAUGGCCGAUGCAAUGGACGGCAACACGAAGUCUGGAGAUGAGGAUACUGCACCUCUUGAAGAAAAAACGGUUACGGUUUCCCAUAUCUUGACAAACACGGUCAUCUUACAGUCAUUUUUAUUCGAAAUCGCCGCCUUGUUGCAGGCGAGAGCUGGCCUCUUCGAUGAAGUGAGGUUCGUGUGA